AUGGCUACCGCCAGCGCUGUAGACACAGACCUUGUCCAACAGUUUAUCACCGUUACAGGUGCGGACCAAGAUGUUGCUGUUCGGCUACUGGAAGUUUGUGCUGGCAAUUUGGACCUGGCCGUUGACAUGCAUAUGGAUAACAUUGGGGAUCAGGAUGUAUCGAACAGUGCUCGAGGGGAGGCCUCUUCUUCAUUAAACUUCGACUGCGAUGAUAAUGUGCGGGCUCCGAUCCCCCAAAGAACAGAGGUGCUUGUCGAAGAUGGCCCUAUGGGUGCUGCUGCAUCAUAUCGUUUGAGACGUCAACGCCAGAAGAGAUCUGUCUUUGAUGGAUUCCGGAAUUUUGUGGCAGAAUAUCACAGCGAUGAGUCAGCGAAUGGACAGAGGACCUCCAAAAAGAGAAGUUUAGAAGACCUCUUUCGACCUCCAGUGGACAUCACAUUCAAGGGAACAUUCCAGAACGCACGUGAUGCAGGGUCCAGCCAGAACAAAUGGCUGCUUGUUAACGUGCAGAAUGUGGAAGAGUUCUCAUGUCAAAUGUUGAAUAGGGAUGUCUGGAGUCAUGCUGACGCACGCAACAUCAUCAGAGACAGCUUUCUCUUUUGGCAGGUGUACAACGACAGUGAAGAAGGCAAGCGGUUUAUGCAGUUUUAUAAAUUGAACAGUUGGCCAUAUGUGGCAGUCAUUGACCCUGUCACAGGAGAGAAACAGAUCAUCUGGGACAAAAUUGCUGAUGGCCGUGUCUUCUGUGAUUUAGCAAAAGAGUUUCUGUCCUCAUGUCCAGCUCCAGACCAGACCUUGGUACCGCCUCCGUCCAAACGACAAAGAAGGGAGCCGUCUAUAUUAGAUGCUUCAGAACAAGAGCAGAUGGAAGCAGCCAUCCAGGCAUCCUUGGUGGAGAGCUCCCAACCAGCUGCCCAUCAGUAUGUGUUUGCUUCCGACUCAGAAGACAGCUCCGAUGAUGUAGAAACUUUCUCAGAUCCCGAUGAGGUCAUUGUCUCCUCACCGACAGCAUCCUCAAAUGGGGUUUCUGUAGCUAGAGUGCCAACAUCUUCUGGUGGGCCAUCGUUGUGUAGGUCAAGCUAUGAACGGAGAAGCCCUUACUCAAGACAUCGGCAGCAAACAUCACACGGUCAGGCUGCUUCAUCGUCAGCACCGUCCACAUCACGUAACACUUUAUCUCCUUCUGCUGGAAGCCGCAUACGCCAGUUUGUCCUACCCUCGAACUCUGACAGGGCAGGCAGCAGUCAGGGAGAUGCUGGAUCUAGCGACUGGCCCAGGGUUUCUCCUUUACAUUCUGGUCAAGAUAGUCCUCUGGAUGUCAACAUAGAGAGCUCACUUAUCGAUAUGCUCGGCUGUCGCGAGGCAGAGGUCGGCACACCAGACUCUUUCACACAAGACGACUCACUGUCGAACUCACAACUCUCAACACCAGAUAGAGACACACCAGGAGGAACUACAACAGCAAGUCAGGGCUCCAGUGGUCAGUCACCACAGGGCAACAGUUGGACUGAUUACCUAGGACAUCCUUCAGACCCGGUCAGCAGCAUCAUCAUCAGGUUCCCCAACAACACACGAGAGCAGGUCCAGCUUCCAUGCAGCUCCCAGCUUCAG